GUUUAUUUAGCAUUCUGGAGGUUUAUUUAGCUUCUUGAGGUUUAUUUAGCUUGGAGGUUUAUUUAGCAUUCUCGAGGUUUAUUUAACAUCCUGGAGGUUUAUUUAGCAUUCUGGAGUCUUAUUUAGGAUCCUGAAGGUUUAUUUAAGUAACCGGCACGAUAGGAAAUUUCUGUGUAAACUAUGUAUACUGUAGGAGAGAAAAACCUGUGUAAACCAGGUAUCCUGUAGAAGAGGAAAUCCUCAGAGUAAACCACAUAACCAGCAAAGCCUCUAGCUUCACUGUGUCCAGACACUGGAAUUUAGUAUACGGGCUACUAGUAAACCCAACAUACCCGGGUCAACCCGGGCAUCAAGGUUCAUAAGCACUUGCCUAUUUGGGGUCGAGUCACAGCUCCUGGCCUAGGGUCUCCGUUAUCUCACUAACUGCACUGUGAACAGUUCUCCGCUCCAACCACAAUUAUCUAUAUGACCCUUGUGGGUUUAGCACUUAGUUUUGAUUAUAAUAAUAACCAGGGUAAUAUUUUUGCCCAAGCAAAAGGGCAACUUAGAUUCGAGGGACAAUGUUACUUCCGUUUCGUUCAGUUAUUCACAAACUACACAUUGGGCCCUUUGGAACUUUCAAAAUUCUUCCAUACUGCACCUCUUUAACCAGCAAACAAGCACCUGAGGAGAAUGCAAAAUUUUAUGAUUAUUCAGCAAAUGGAAUGCCAUUUUCUCAGAAAGAAAAAGACAGCAUAUUAAAAAUUAUCAAUGAUGCCUCAGCUGAGGAUCUCAUGAGGUUGAAAAUCACAGAAGACACCAUUGUCAAGUUAAUGAAGAGGAAAUCUGAAGUUGGCAUAUUUCAUGACAUAUCUCAGCUAUGUGACAUUUCUGGUAUAGCAACAAAAUCGGUUGAAAAUCUUUGCACAUUAGUGUUAGAAAAUAAUGAGAUAAAUAUUUGUACUAACGAGCUGCCCAACGGUGAUUUUGAUGGUGAUUUACACCGUGAUGACAGCCAAGACUUCAACAUUAUAUACAAGAAACGUCUAGUAAAGCCAAAGAUAAGUCCCCAUAUGAGGAAGAGUGUUGAGACGGUGGUGUCCCUGCAUAUAACAGCUGGGUUCUUAGCUUGGACCAAAUUUGAUCAUAGGGGUAAAGUAUUGGAUCUCUGCAGCGAGGAACUACUCAACUCAAGUUCACAUUUUGAUGCCCCAAAGAUUUAUGAAAGAAUAGGGGAAACUGUGAUUUCGAUACCUCCAGCCGAUCUUUAUGUGUGGGAAAAACAAAGUAACUAUGGCCGUCUGCAGAAAGCACCACUUGGCACUAUCAUCAUUGCUCUGCAACUAGCACAGAUGAAAGGGAUAUUAACAGCCAUGUUGAACUUCAGACAUGACAGUAAAGCUGACCGUCUAAUAUAUGUGCAGGAGGCUUUGGUCAACAAAUUAUUUAAGCUUAAUGUUGCUGGAGAGAGAGCCUCUAACCUCAAAUUGGCUGACAGGUUAAUGGAAGGUAGACAAGUGAUUGAUUGGCUUCCGCUCCUGUCACUCGAGAGAGAUGCGCAAGAAUUAUAUUUUUCCCUUGACAGCAGUAUCAGAAGAUAUGUGGCCAUCUCUCUUUUCAUCGGUGUAGCAUUCCACCAUUGUGCUCUGCAACAUAAUCAAGAUGCUAUCAGAGCUUUAAAGUAGAUAAUGAACCCCUUGCUACUAUUUAAUUGUCAGUAGACAGCUGAAGGAAUGAUGGUGAAUGUGUUUUCUUCUUUGGGUCACCCUGCCUUGGCAGGAGACAGCCAUUGAGUUUAAAAAAUUAUAAUCAUACAAUAUUGUAGAUGUGUACAAUAUUGUAGAUGUGUAAUUGUAAAGUAAAAGGACACAAGUGAAACUAAUGUGACAUUUUAUUGUGGCAACGUUUUGCUCUCCAGGAGCUUAUCAAGCCAUUGAUAAAUGGCUUGAUAAAGCUCCUGGAGAGUGAAACGUUGCCACAAUAAAAUGUCACAUUAGUUGCACUUGUGUCCUUUUACUUUACAUAUUGUCGGUAAUUCUACCAACUUUAUUACAAGAUGUGUAAUUCAUGCUAUGUUAAUUAUUAAUAAUAUUUCAAUUUCUCAGCAUUCAGAUUAAGGUGGAAUUGUUAAAAUACUGAAACAACUUGUUAAGAUACCAGCCAUUACCAGAAAGUGACUCACAAAAUUGUAAUAACACGAUGGCAAACAAGCCACGGAACAGGUUGGAAUUUGAACCCAUGGCGAGUGAGUCCUAAAAUUCCAGGCCAGUGCAUAAGCCACUCAGCCAGUUGGCUUAAUAAGAUUCAUCCAGUUAGGUAUAUUUCUAUACCUCAUAAAGAGGAUUCAAUUGCCUUGGGUUCAAACCCUUUCUGUUCCAUGGUUUGAUUACCAGAGAGUAAACAGGUUAUCAUUAAAUACGGAGAAAAUUAAUUAAAGCUUCCAAAACACUGAAAGAAAUAUCUUAAAAGUAGCAAAACAAUUUUGACAUGUAGGGAAGAUAAAAUACAAACAGAGUUCAGGCUAAUAAAUGAUGAAAAACAAUAGGAAAUAAUAGAGAGGUCAAAUAAGGUUACACAUUUUCCAGUAGUGAUGUACAUACAGUCUUUUCUAUUUGUGAGCUAUUAAAUUUUUUCAAGUUCAUAUACAUCAGAGUUUUUGAAAAUCUACAAAGGCUUGGAGCAUACAAUGAGUUUUUAUGUGACUGGGGUCAUGACAGAAAAACAAGGACAAUUAAUGACAAAUACCUUGUUAGAGCAUAAGUAAAUUUAUGCAUAUUUUUAAUAGAUGUUUCAAUAUGUUUAGUCAACAGUUUACUGGAAUAUUAUAUUGUUUUCAACUACUUUACUGAAUUAAUUAAUAAUGAACCACUAACAGAAAUAAUAAUAAUAGAUUUAUUUCUUUUGUGAAGCACACAGAUAAUGUAGUACAGUAGUCCCCCCCCCACAUACCCACGGGGGAUACAUUCCAAGGACCUGCCCUGGAUACUGAAACUGUGGAUAGUAGCAGACCUUAUAUAUAAGUCCUGUACACACCUAUUACAACUGCAACAUAUCUCCACCCUUCCUUUGUGUAAAUAAUGUUUGAAAAAAGAUAGUCGUGAGAAUUUAUUUUGUGGCAUACAUGCUUUUGUUCAUGGUGACUAUGCUCAGUAUUGUCAUCUCUGUUGUGUAUAAACAAUUUAAAACUAAUAAAAUUCUUUCAACUUU